AUGCUUGCAAUAUCGCCUCAAAGAGACUCGAAUGGUGAUGAGAGAGACCCGGAGGUGGGAAGCCGCUGGGCAUCCACAGAAGAAUUCUGCAACAGAUUCAUGGGAGGGAACUUCCUCGGGGACAUCAACUUUGAUGACCUCUUCGCCGGGGACAUGCUGCCCGACCAGGAGGUGGACCCUGCGCAGAUCCUCGCGGCGUUCUCCGUGGAUUGGACUCCUGAGUUGCACCGGAGAUUUGUUGAGGUGGUUGAGCAGCUUGGGAUUGAUAAGGCCGUGCCCUCGAGGAUAUUAGAACUAAUGGGGAUUGAUUGCCUCACACGACAUAAUGUUGCUAGAGAUCUUCAGAAAUAUCGGUCUCACCGGAAGCAUUUGCUUGCGAUGGAGGCGGAGGCCACGAGGUGGAGCAAGAGAUGGCACAUGCAUGCCGGUUGUGGUAGUGGUGACGGGGCGAUGAGGGACAGAAACCUUUGGCUUCUUUCCACCAUGGCCUUCCCCCCCUCCUCCUGUCCAACUCUUAAGGCCACUACAUGUAUGGGGGCACCCCACUGUAGACUAGUCACCAGUUCAUCUGUGGCCAAAUCAUCUGGUCUUCGUCCGCUCACCACCACCUCCCCGGCCGUGGGCUCCUCAGCCACCUCUAUCGCCUCCUCCACCAACCAACCCUCCCUACUGGCUCACCCAUUACCCAAGGGUAGCUUCUCUCUCCCUCUUUCCUCUCUCUCUAUCUUUUGUUGGAAAUGUGUUUGUCUUUGCGUAUGUAAAAAUAACAACAUGCCGCGAGAAAAACGAUUCAGAGAUAUUGAGUUUCAGCACACAUCCGUGGGAUCUUCUUCUGAUCAGUCCCUACGGUCCCAACAGCCCGACGACCCCCAGCAGCAUGAGUCUCAGUCUGUGCACGUGCCACCUGUUGAGCAUAUUUCAUCUAUGUUGCGGCGAUUUCUUCCUCCUCAGAGGUUUCCAGUUCCCACAGUUCCAGGAAUUCCACCCUGCUCCUUGUAUAGACCAGAAAAUGUAGUUCCUCAAUCUAGCAAGCUCUCAAGCUUCCUGCUUUCGCCCGAUGCUCAUCCGUCAAAGGAGAGCAUCGAUGCAGCUAUCGGAGAUGCUUUAGCAAAGCCAUGUCUGCCACUACCCCUUGGUCUCAAGCCUCCGCCUUUGGAGGCUGUCCUACGGCAAGGGAUAUCAAAUAUACCGCCAGCUUGUAGUUGA